UGUUUAUGUGAAAUCUACCUAUGUAAAAGUAUAAAAACAAAUAUUAAAAUGGUCGCGGAGGAAUUAAAGGAUUUUAAACUAAAACCUAUGAAAUGUGAACUCAAUUAUCUUAGUAAAUCCGAUGGAUCUGCAAUAUUGUCACAGGGAGAAACUGUAGUGCUUGUUAGUGUAAAUGGACCUCUAGAUAUAAAAACAACAAGUCAAAGUGUGGAAAAGGCUACUUUAGAUGUACUUUUCUGCUGUAAAGGCGGAAAACCAUCAGUUGGUGAUAGAUUUAAGGAGAAUGUAAUAAGGCAAACAUGUGAAACAUCAAUAUUGGGUUGUUUGUAUCCUAGAACGGGAAUAACAGUGACUAUACAAGAAUUGGAGGAUUUUGGUGGGCUUCUCACCUGCGCAGUGAACUGCACCUGCCUAGCGCUGCUCAACGCGGGUGUUUCCAUGCGGCAUACAGUCGCCGCAGUCAGCUGUGCGGUUGACGCUCGUGGGGAUCUCGUGCUUGAGCCGACACAUGAGCAAGUUGAGAGUGCAGCGGCGGUGAUGUACUUUGUGUUUGAGAGUCGGAAUAAGGAUUUUGUUACGGGUUUCACAACAGGCACCUUCAGUGAAGAUACCUACGACGAAGCGAUGGCCCGAUGCCGUUCUGCCAGCGACCUUGUCUUUAAGUUCUAUAGAGAAAUAGUCGCAACAUACUGUGGUGUGAUUGGAUGAUAGUGUAGGCAUUAUUCAUUAACUGGCAACCCAGUUAAUGAAUAAUGCGUUUGAUUGUGUGGGUUGCCAGUGCAUGUACAUUUUUAGCUUUUGGGAUAUUGUUAAAUAAAUUUGGAUGCGAUAUUGAGUUGAGUCAAAUAGAAUAUAAUUAAUUGUUUGAAUCUGGAAAAAUAUUGUAAUGAUAAACUCUUACUUACUUUGAAUGUUCGUUUAUAACCCAUUGAGCCCCAAGCGGCCCGAUCGACACAAUAGAUUUUCUAUUGUGUCUGUGGUUCCGGGGCCUGAGUUAAUAAUGGGAAUUGGUAAGUUUUUAACUUACUUAUUUCAAUCUUAGGGAAAUAUUCUCGUUUUUGCGUUUAUAUUUUGAAAAUGACAUUUAGUACGACGAUAAUAAAUACUUUUCAUUGUUCGUCCUUUACUUAUAACAAUUAAAUUAUCUUGGUGUUGGUAAUUUCUAUAUAUUGUGUGUGUCAUUUGUUUUUUGUUGUAGAUAUCUGCGCUUGUCUGAUACAUUUGAGCUUCUUAUAAAUCUGUGAGAUGUAAAACUAUCCACAACGUGACAUUGGCAAAAUUGUGGCAACGCAGCACUGCCAUUCAUAAAAUAAAAUUGAAUUGAAUUACUUUUCAUUAUAGAAUGGCUGGCAACCCUAACAGUGAUGUUGUUUUGACUGAUUAAGAGAUAUUCCCUCGUUAUAAUUAAAAAUGAAUGUUACUGUGACAUUUUUUAAAUAAAUCAUUAAUAAUUA